CCUUUAAUCCUGAUCUGUUAGAAGCACUGCGGCUUUAAAUCCAGGGUUUUGGAGCUAGGGUUUACAGCGAUGGAGGCUCGGUGCGCGUCUUCCGUCUUUCUGCUGCUCCUUCUUUCCAGCCUUUGCCACGCGAAGGUCUUCUUUGAGGAGAGAUUCGAUGAUUCUUGGGAGAGCCGCUGGGUGAAAUCCGACUGGAAGAAGAGUGAAGAUGCCGCUGGCGAGUGGAUCCACACCGCCGGCAAGUGGUUUGGCGAUGCGGAGGCAGACAAAGGCAUCCAGACGUCUCCAGACGCGCGCUUCUACGCAAUCUCGGCCGAGUUCCCAGAGUUCAGUAACAAGGACAAGACUCUGGUUGUCCAAUUCUCCGUUAAGCACGAGCAAAAUCUCGAUUGCGGAGGUGGAUACAUCAAAAUUCUGGGUGGAGAUGUGGAUCAAAAGACUUUUGGUGGUGAUACACCUUACAGUAUUAUGUUUGGACCGGACAUUUGUGGGUCGGGCACGAAGAAAACCCACGCCAUUAUUGCUUACAAUGCAAGCAACCAUCAAAUGAAAAAGGAAGUGCCAUGCGAAACAGACCAGCUCACUCACGUCUACACUCUGGUUAUUCGUCCCGAUUCUACGUACAGCAUUUUGAUCGACAAUGUAGAGAAGAAGAAGGGAAGCAUUGAGAGCGACUGGAGUCUUUUGCCGCCAAAGAAGAUCAAGGAUCCCGAGGCCAAGAAGCCCGAGGAUUGGGUUGAUGAUGAAUUCAUUGUUGACCCGGAAGACAAGAAACCAGAGGGUUAUGAUGACAUUCCAGCAGAGAUUCCCGAUGCUGAGGCUGAAAAGCCCGAAGGAUGGGAUGACGAGGAGGACGGUGUGUGGACUCCUCCGACGAUUCCAAAUCCCGAAUACAAGGGCCCCUGGGAACCGAAGAAAAUCAAGAAUCCUGCUUUCAAGGGAAAGUGGAAGGCUCCAAUGAUUGACAAUCCUGAUUACAAGCCAGACCCAGAGCUAUACGUCUUCCCUUCAUUGAAAUACGUUGGAAUUGAACUCUGGCAGGUCAAGUCAGGAUCUCUCUUUGACAACAUUCUCGUAAGCGACGAUGUCGAUUAUGCCAAGGCCCUGGCGGAGGAGACAUGGGGAAAGAGCAGGGAGGCCGAGAAGAAAGCAUUCGAGGAAGCACAGAAAAAGGAUGAACCGCCGGCCGACGACGACGACGACGAGGACGACUCGGAUGUCAAGGAGGACAAGGAAGAGGACACAGAAGACACAAAGGAGCAUGACGAGCUUUGAGGUUUUCGUUUUUCGCUUGAAGAGACGUUGGCGUAGAGGGACAUCGGGGCACAAAAAGAACAUUUUUUCCCCAUAUCUGACAUUUCCGGAUUGCAAUUGCUUUCCAAGCAGUAAUUCCAAUUAAUCGUAUGAAAAGUUUGUUUUUUUAAAUUAA